AUGGAUGCAGAUCAGUUUUCGCGUUUUAUGGAAAUGCAAAGGCAGGCGAUGCAGGCUCUGAUUGGUUCAGUGAAAACCGUUCAGUUGAAUCAGCCUGCGGCACCGGUUGCGGGAAGCGCAGCCGCGUCGUCUGUUCCACUGCCGCCGCCGCUAGAGUUGGAAGGUGACAUGGAACAAAAUUUCAAUUUUUUUGAAGUGAAUUGGAAGACCUAUGCCAGUGCGGUCGGCAUGGAUGCGUGGCCGGCCGAUCAGAACAAGCAAAAGACGAGCAUUUUGCUAUCGGUGGUUGGAAAAGACGCGUUAAAAAAAUACUUCAAUUUCGAACUGAAUCAGGCUCAGCAAAACGACCCGGAACUUGCUCUCGCGGCAAUAAAGAACAAGGUUGUGCGUGAACGGAACAAGUUUGUCGACUGGUUUGAUUUUUUUUCGCUGGUGCAAGAUUCCACAGAAAGUGUUGACAAUUAUUUGUGUCGUGUAAAAUCACUCGCGAAACUGUGCAAGUUCGGUGUGCUGGAAGGGGACAUGAUCAGGUACAAACUUGCUACUUCGAUCAAGUGGAUGAAGCUUCGAUCUAAGUUGAUAACGACCCAAAACUUGACGGAAGCGCACGCCAUGGAUUUGUGCCGUGCUGAAGAAAUAACUGAGAGGCAUCCGGUUACAGUGGGUCAAGCAAGCGCGGAAGUGAACAUGGUGAAAAGAGAAAAGAUGAAGUGUAAGUUCUGUGGGGCAAAGCAUGAUUUCUCCAAAGGUGCUUGCCCAGCGCUGGGGAAAAGGUGCAAUCGUUGUGGUGGAAAAAAUCACUUCGAGAAAGUGUGUAAGGCGGAUCGGAAGAAGAAGCUAAAGAAGAAGCUCCGAGUGAAGCAAGUGCGCGAAGAAAGCAGCUCCGAAAGUGAUUCAGCGGAGAGCAGUGAUAACGACAACGAUGAGUCGUCCUGCGGUGAGAGUGUGUCAAUCGGAAAAAUCAUUGAUAAAUCCGGUAGUGGUGGACAUGUUACCGCGGACCUGGACUUGCGGAUCGGUGGGAAAUGGCAGCCCGUGAAAUGUGAGUUGGACACUGGUGCGAACACAAGCCUUGUGGGGAAGAAUUGGUUGGAGAACAUGAUUGGCAAAGACAAAAUCGAGCUGCAGCCAUCCGCGUACCAUCUCCAAGCAUUCGGCGGGAACAGCAUUCCGGUGAUCGGGCAAGUAAAAAUUCCAUGUCGGAGGAAAGACCUGAAUUUCACUGCACCGAAAACGGAACAAGAACUUCUGAAUGUAUACCGUAUAAAAGCUCAGAAUAUCGUCAAACGACACGAGGAGGUUUUUCACGGUAUCGGUAAAUUCGCCGGAGCCGUGUCUUUGGAAGUUUCUGCCGACGUCACACCUUCGAUCCAGCCACCUCGAAGAGUUCCAAUCGCAAUGAGAGAGAAGCUGAAGGAAGAACUGAAGAAUCUGGAACGCGAUGGGUUGAUCGUGAAGGAGAACCGCCACACUGAAUGGGUUAGUAAUAUUGUGUUGGUCAAGCGCAAGGAGCAGAAAUCGGAAUCCGUUCGUAUCUGUCUCGAUCCAAUACCGCUGAACGCAGCGCUCAAACGUCCCCAUAUGCAAUUCACCACUAUCGACGAAAUUUUGACCGAAUUAGGGAAGGCAAAAGUGUUUUCAACGGCGGACGUUCGCAAGGGUUUCUGGCAUGUGCUACUGGAUGAGAAGAGUAGCCGACUAACAACGUUUUGGACACCGUUCGGGCGGUACCGAUGGAUUCGUCUACCUUUCGGGAUCGCUUCCGCCCCGGAUAUCUUCCAGAUGAAGCUGCAAGAGGUGAUUCAGGGAUUAUCGGGAGUGGAAUGCGUUGCUGACGAUUUGCUGAUUUACGGCUCGGGAGACACGUUGGAGGAAGCUUUGGAGAACCACAAUAUCUGCUUGGAGAAGUUGUUGGUUCGCUUGAAGGAAUGCAACGUCAAACUGAACUUCAGCAAACUCAAGCUCUGCGAAACGUCGGUCAAGUUCUACGGACACGUGUUGACGAACAAGGGACUUCAACCGGACGAGAGUAAAGUUGUUUCUAUCAAGAAUUUUCCGCGUCCGACAGAUCGUAAACAGCUUCAAAGGUUCAUUGGAAUGGUGAACUACCUCAGCCGUUUCAUACCAAAUCUCAGCGCAAAUUUCACUGUCCUUCGGCGAUUGAUUUCGGAGAAAGAGAAUUGGGUUUGGUCAGAAAAGGAAGAAGAGGAGUUCAAUCGUGUCAAGUGUUUGGUGGCAGAUACUAAUACACUGCGAUACUACAAUGUGAACGAGCCAAUAGUGAUCGAGUGUGAUGCUAGUUCUUACGGUCUAGGGGCAGCUGUUUUCCAAAGCCAUGGAGUAAUUGGAUACGCUUCACUGUUUCGGAAGCCACUACUUUCUGCACCGCGACGUCUGCAGCACAUGUUGCUAAAUCUGCAGCGCUACCGAUUGACAAUCGAGUUUGUCACGGGCAAAGACAACGUGGUGGCUGACGCGAUAUCCAGAGCACCGUUCGACGAAAAUCUUGCGGAUGAUAGGUUCAAUAAGCGGAACAUCUUUCGAGUAUUCCGUGAAAUCGAAGAAGUCAAUCUCUCCAGUUUCCUGAAAGUGAAGGAUGAGCAGUUGAACGAGAUCAUUGCAGCGACAGAAGCGGACACAUCUUUGCAACAGGUUAUGCAGUACAUUCGUGAUGGUUGGCCCGCAUCAGUGGAUAGAGUUCCGGAUAGUGCCAGAAUGUUCUUCAAGUACAGGAACGAGCUCAGCACUCAAGACGGAAUCAUAUACCGUAACGACAGGAUUGUUGUCCCGUAUACGCUACGUCGGAAGUUGACUGGCAAAGUCCAUGUCAGCCACAAUGGGAUGGAGGCGACUCUAAAGUUGGCACGGGCGAACCUUUUCUGGCCUGGAAUGAGUGCCCAGAUUAAGGAAGCUGUCGCUCAGUGCAACGUGUGUGCUAAAUUCCAAGCAUCUCAAACUCCAGCGCCAAUGCAAAGUCACCCAAUUCCAGUAUACCCAUUCCAAUUGGUAUCAAUGGAUGUCUUCUUUGCUGAGUACCAAGGAAAAAGAUGCAAAUUCCUCGUUACUGUUGACCAUUUUUCGGAUUUUUUUGAAGUUGACCUGUUGAAGGAUUUAACACCGAAAGCAACGAUUGCUGUAUGCAAAUCCAACUUUUCCCGACACGGCAAGCCGCAACAGGUCAUAUCAGACAACGGAACGAAUUUUGUCAACCGAGAGUGGAAACAGUUCGCUCGUGAAUGGGACUUUCUUCAUUCAACAUCGGCACCACACCAUCAGCAGGCUAACGGAAAAGCUGAAGCGGCCGUGAAGAUAGCGAAACGGUUGUUGAAGAAAGCAGAUGAAGCAGGCAAUGAUUUCUGGUACGCAUUAUUGCACUGGAGAAAUGUUCCAAAUAAAAUUGGUUCCAGUCCCGCAGCACGGUUGUUUUCUCGAAAUACUCGCUGCGGUAUACCAAUGUCUACAAACCAUCUAAUGCCAAAACUAGUGUCGGGUGUUCCUGAAGCGAUUGAAGAACGAAGGCGUAAAGCGAAGAUUCAGUAUGAUAGAAAAGCCAGGAAUCUACCGCAUUUGGAGACGGGAUCUUCAGUCUACGUACAACUUCAACCAGAAACAUCUAAGACUUGGACACCUGCCAGAGUUAGCAACAAACUGAACGAGCGGUCGUACAUAGUUGAUGUGGAUGGUAUGCAGUAUCGACGUGAUUUGGUGCACUUGAAACCACGUAAUGAACCCCAGGCGCCUGAAGUGAAUCCAGAUCAGUUCAUCAUACCAAACGUUGAUCCUGUUGCCACGGAGCAGUUGGCCGUGCCGGUUUCUGACAGAUCGGUGUCUAAUCGAGAAGCGACCAACAGUGUACCUGAUGCCGUUCAUCCGGAAGUAGCAUCAGCAGCGAAGCCACCGGAGACCCCGAAAGUUACCAAACCAUCCAAGGAUUCAGUCGCUGAUGAUCAAAGUGUUAGACCUAAGAGAAAUGUUAAGCUCCCAAUGCGAUUCAAAGAUUACUGUCUCUAA